CAGCGGCGCUUCGCGUAAAGCAAACAGACAGAGGGUGAGAAUGACACGGGCAGGCUCCGCGCACACUUCCACUUAUUUACCAAUAUAAUAACACGCUGCGAGAGAGAAGCGGCGAGGACGAGUCGCCGCCGGAGCAACGAUGCUCACUUUGAGGAUUUAAUUCCACGACCCGAUCGUUUUAGGAAGGAGGAGGAUUCGCGUUCAGCUGAAAAGCUGAGAGAAAAAAGCGAACGAUUCUGCAGCGUGCAACGCAUUCGUCGUGCUCACAACCAGACAAUAACUGUCACUUUUGUCUGAACUGUGCAUUUAUUCACCCAAAAACGACGCGAGACCUCAUUUUUUUUGGUUGUUGCCGCUGCAAGACUGAGGCUGUUGCGGUCGCGAGAGAACGUUUCGUAAUGAUGUAAAACUGAAAGGAAGGAAGGAUUUUUUCAAACCUCCGUCUACAGACGCCUGUUUGUCGUUUUCCUGGUGGCGGAGUGUCAGAAUAGUUUUUUCUCGGCCGAACGCUUUGACUUACGAUUCGGGCAAGAAAACGGCAGAAACCCACCCCGCUCGACUUUGUCCGCCCUGACGCGGAGGAGAAGCGGCGUCGGCGGCGGCGGCGGCACCUGGAGGGGGGUCUCUCCUUUUCAGCGACCCCUUCGUCUGCGGUGCGUUCAAUUCAAGAGCAACAGAGGGAUUAAACAUUCCUGCUCGCCGCGUUUGUGUGCGCGCGCGUGCGUGCGUGCGUGUAUGUGUGUGUGUGUGCGCGCGCGCGCUCGCGCGCGUGUGUGAGGCACACUGGGCUACAUUGUGAGAGGAGCCGUUGUGGUAAGAAAGAAGGCUAUAAAUAGCUCGCGCAAUUCUCGAAAACUAUCACAAGUGGUGCAUCAGCUUGUGGAGCAGACGGAAUCACACACAUCCUGCGUGUAAUGCCUCGGCUCUAAGUUGAUUGUUUUACACAGCGGCGAACGUACAGCCUGAGAUUUUUUUUUUUUUGAAAAGAAGUUUCGACUCUAAUCUCAUAUUUUGUUGGGGGUGUUCCCUCCGUGUGGAAGAAAGGAGCCGUCUCCCCAUGGAUUACGCGUAUUUCACGUUGAAACUAUCGGCGGAACGGCUGACGAGGACACGGGCCGAUCUUCCUCUGUGCGUAAUUUGAAAUGGAUACGCUCCUGUGCCCUCGGCGUUUGACAGCGACCAGAUUUGGACACGUCUGACCUGGAUUGUAACAAUGUUUUGAUCCGCGCGCGCGCGCGCGCCUGGAUUUACAACGUCGCCACAUUUCUGUCGCCCGGGCUUCAUUGAUGCAUCCCGCACUUCUUUUUGAAUACGCCCAUUCCUCUGCCCGACCAUCCCGCGUCCGAUCGCCUGGACCUCUCGUGGGUUUCUAGCCCCCGCGUGUUUCGGAGACCCGCUCGGCGCCCCUGCUCGGUGUUUUGGUACCGAUGUAGGAUUUCGACAUGCCCAGCGCUGACGACCCCAACGGCGGACCAUUAUGACUACGACGGCGAACUGGGUGGCUAACGGGGCAAGCCUCGAGGACUGCCACUCCAACGUCUUCUCUCUGGCGGAGCUGACGGGCAUUAAAUGGCGCUGCUACAACUUCCGCAGCGGUGGGGAAUACGGGCCGGUGAUCUCGGCGCCGGCCCAGGACGACCCGGUCCUGCGCAGCUUCAUGCGCUGCGUGCAGGCCAACCUGCUGUGCGUGUGGCGGCGCAAGAUCAAACCCGACGCCAAGGAGCUGUGGAUCUUCUGGUGGGGGGAGGAGCCCGGCCUCUCCGACAUCAUUCAUCACGAGCUGGAAGUGGCUGAGGAGGGGCUGUGGGAGUGCGGACUGUCCUACGAGUGCAGGACGCUGCUGUUCAAGGCCAUACACAACCUGCUGGAAAGAUGUUUGAUGGAUAAGGGGUUCGUGCGGAUCGGGAAGUGGUUCCUCAAACCGUACGAUGUGGACGAAAAGUCUUUGGGCAACAGCGAGCACCUAUCGUGCUCCUUCUCCUUCUUCCUCCACGGGGAGAGCAACGUGUGCACUAGCGUGGAGAUCGCCCAGCACCAGCCUGCGUACCACAUCACAGAGCACCACAUCCGCCUCGCACAGAGCUCCAUCGCACCAGUACAAGUAAUCUUGAGUCCGUACGGGCUGAGCGGUACUCUGACGGGGCAGGCCUUCAAGAUGAGUGACCCAGCGACACGCAAGCUGAUGGAGGAGUGGAGCUACUUCUACCCCAUGGUGCUAAGGCAGAGAGAGGGAGGAGGGGAAAAGGAAAAGGAAGACGCCAGCCAGACCUACGAUCGCAACUGUCACGUGGCGGUGGAGGUCAUCGUAGGCGGAGUGAGGAUGACCUACCCAGCUGCCUUUGUGCUGAUCGCCCAGGGGGACCUGCCGGCGGAGCAGCCCGCGCCCGCUGCCGCGGCCCAGGGCCUCAGCAGGGAGCCCAACCACUGCAGCGUGCCGCUGACGCCGCCCACCUCGCCGGAGCAGCCGUGCUCAGCGGACAGCGGUUUCGUGACCUCCGUCUCCAGCGUUCCCACGCUAGACAGCAGCAUGGCUGUGGCCAGCAUCAGCCCCAAGCAUUCUGGGAAGAAGCUCACCUGCCAGGUGAUCCACCAGGCUUGGAAGGAGUGCCACCUCAACCACCCCCAGCACUUAUCGCGUCAUACGUCUGGGGCUGAUGUGACCAAGAAGGAGGUGCCAAAUAAUGGAGUCACCACGUGGGACUUCAGUGACCUGGGAGUGAGAGCAUCCUGCACCUGCUCCAGGUUGAAGCAGCAGAAGCUUAAUCUGGCCGUCCCUUCCACUGCCAAUGCUCAGACUAGUGCCAACGCUCAGUCCGGCACGUCGUACCCUUCCUUUGUGCCCAAACACAAAACCAGUGAGAAGACGGAAAAGGCCGACAAACAGUCCAAGAAGCCAGCCAUGAUCCCCUUCCAUCACCGCCUAUUCGUAACGCAGGAGGCCCCUCUAGAGCAGGACGCGUCAGGAGGUGCUCCGCUUGGGGCUCUUGUGGCUCUGGAGCCACCCCUGGAGCCUCUGGCAGCUCUGCCAAGCUGCAAGUACCCCAAAUCCCUCCCCAAUGGCAGGAAAGCCCCCGAGUCCAUCCUCCACUCGCCCAUGUCUCCGCUCCCACCCACGCUCAGCCCUCACCCGCGGGUGCAGGACCGGGAGGUUCUCGACGGGCCCGUGGACAUGGCCGUCUGUCCAGACGGGCUUCCGGGCGUGGGGGUGAUCGCCAGCGAGACGUCGGUGUACAUGGCUCUCCUGAGGCAGCGGGAGAACGGGGCGGGCUGGUGGAGAGGCUUCAGGACUCCCAGGACUGAUAAGACUGACUUCAGACCUCCGGAGCUUCCCACUGAUAAGUUAGAGGAGGUCAAGACGGAGACGACCACUGAGGGAGCUCCACUAAAGAGACUGUACACACAGACCCAGAAGAGAUUUAAAAUCUCCGAGGAGCGGCUGAGGGACCACAUCCACACGCUGGGCCUGUUCCAGCAGCCAGGUGUGGAUGCUCUGCGGGAGCCGGGGGACGAUCCAUACGACUUUAAGGAAGGAGACAUCGAGUACACGUUCUCCUCCUCUAAGAGAUUAAAGGGCCAAGGACGAGAAGCCAGCAAGAAGGCUAAGGGGGAAGAAAUCACCACCAACAGCUCACUGCCUGAUGGGAAAGACGCCAUGUCCAUUUUUAACUCUGCACCAAAAUCAGAUGAAUCGGGUCAGGAUGACGGAUCUGCCAAAGCCAAUCCUUCUCUGACCAGAGAAAAAGACCUGGUGGUCAACAUCUCGGACCUAGACAACAUAUUUGAUGAAGACGAGGAAGAGUUGGGGACUGUUUACUCCAACCAGCACUCAACCAAGCUCCCAGUGUCAACUGAGGAUCGCCCCAUGGGGAAAGAAGGGAGAGCCCCAGUGCCCUAUCCAUCAACAGUAGCAGACCUCCAGCGCAUGUUUCCCACCCCGCCCUCCCUCGAGCAGCACCCGGCCUUCUCUCCCAUCAUGACGUACCGAGACACCCCGAGCCAGGAGGCGCCCGCCCCCAGCGGAGCCGCUGACCAUCUGCCGCCCUUUGCGUCCACGCAGCUCGCCGAGCUGAGGAUGGAGGUGGAGGAGGCCAUGGCCAGUCCCAGGCAGGACGACCUCAAGCCGCACAUGGGCUCCUCUAUGUUCGCUCCGCUGUCCUGCCUGCCCAGCCAGACGCUGCCUCCUCUGAAGGUUCCUGAGCAGUGCUUCUACCGUCCCUCCUGGUCUCUCCUGCCCAAAAUGGAACAUUACGCCACGGUCAUGCAUCCGCAGAACGCCCACUUCAUUAGGGACGGCUACACAAAUGUUCCCAGCGUUAAUACCAUCACAGAUCAGGAGUAUGGCCAAAUGAGCGCCGCCUCGGCCUCCGUGGGCACCACUGGUGGCAUCCUUCCAUCCCCGGCCACCCCCCGCUUUUCCGUGCCCACCCCCCGCACGCCCCGCACCCCUCGGGGCAUCAACGCCGCCAGUUCUGGCCAGGGUUCUGUGAAGCAGGACGGCACCGAGCUCAGCUCGCCCAUCUCCACGCCCUCCACCAGCCUGCCGCUCAGCUCCGUGGAGCCCCACGCUCGCCCGGGACCCUCCCUGCCCGAGGCCCACAGCCUCUACGUCGUCCUCCUGCUCUCAGACUCCGUCCUCAACGUCUUCAAGGACCGCAACUUCGACAGCUGCUGUAUCUGUGCCUGCAAUAUGAAUGUCAAAGGGGCAGAUGUGGGAGUCUACAUCCCCGACUCCACCUGUGAAGAUCAGUAUCGCUGCAUGUGUGGCUUCAGCGCCAUUGUGAACAGGCGGCUGGCUCACGGCACAGGCCUCUUCCUGGAGGACGAGCUGGAUAUUUUUGGCCGGACCUCUGAAGUGGGCCAGGCAGCAGAGAGACGGCUGGCUCUCUGCAGGCGGGACCCGACCAUGGGCGACCCAAAGGCCAAGAGACCACAGGACGCGGCCCCCGCCACCCCGCCGGUCAUGAUCCUUUUGCAGGAACAGGCCUCUCAGCCCAUUUCUUCCCUGGCGUCGCUGCAUCUCCCUCUCAGCUGUUCCUGCCACGGGCGCAAGGGGGCGCUGUUGCAAAGUUGGAUGUCGGAAAAGCAGUGGGCGGAUGGGAGUGACGCCUGCGUGGAGUGCUUCAACGCCCUGGAGCAGGGGCUGCAGUACGUGGAUAACCCUACGGGAGGGAAAGUAGAUCCGGUUGUUGUCCGAAGUACAGCUCUUCACUCGUGGCCUCACACUAACAUGGUGGACAUGAGCAUGCUGUCGUCCCAGGACAUGGUCCGCAUGCUGCUGUCGCUGCAGCCGUUCCUGCAGGACGCCAUCCAGAAGAAGAGGACGGGCCGGACGUGGGACAACAUCCAGCACGUCCAGGGCCCGCUCACCUGGCAGCAGUUCCACAAGAUGGCCGGGAGAGGCUCCUACGGUUCGGAGGAGUCGCCGGAGCCCUUGCCCAUUCCAACAGUGUUACUGGGCUAUGAAUGUGAGCGGGACUUCUUGGCGCUGUCGCCUCUGGCGCUACCUUUCUGGGAGAAGCUGCUGUUGGAGCCGUACGGGGGGCAGCGGGAUGUGGCCUAUGUGGUGCUGUGCCCCAGCAGCCCCUCCCUGCUGGCUGCUGCCCGGUCCUUCUUCCAGGAGCUCAGCGCCGUUUACGAGACGUGCCGCCUCGGGAAGCACCGUCCGCUGGCCAAGGUGUCCAGGGACGGCCUCGUCCGCGUGGGCGAGGAAGUGGAACCAGAGAAGCUGGACGAGGUGGAUGUGGAUCAGUGGAUGACGGGGCCCUGGGCAGGGCAGCAACACACCGACAACCUCAGCAAGCUCAAACUCUACGCUUAUGCCUGCAAACUGCAGCUAGCUCCCCAGUUGUCGGCGCUGCCUUUGGACGCCAGUCUUCUGCUGCCCCCGAAGAACCAGCCCCCGGUAAACAACCCUUCCUCUGGUCAGCCUGCUUCGACCGGGCAGCCGCAGACGUGGGCCCCAGAUGGAGAGCAAGGUCCAGGCGCUGGCCCUUCAGCAAAGACUCCCACGCCGACCGGAGCACAGACGGGGGAGACGAAUCCAGCAGGUUCCAACGAACCCAAAGGGCCCGGCGCCACGCCCCCUCCCAACGCUUCAUCAGAAAACCCAGAACUCACCUUCGAGCAGUCCAGAAUCGGCAUCCCCACCGUUGCAGACUCGGUGGACAGCCACGCCAACCCACCAGCUAUCGUUAUUUACAUAGUGGAUGCAUUUCUCAGCCUGAGCGGAGCCAGGAAUGAAGGGGGGGAGGAAGAGGAGGGUGAGGAGGCAGAGGCGGGGAGCGUCUGGCUGCUCGGGCUCCUGCGCUGCUACACAGAGAUGCUACAGACGCUGCCUGAGACGAUGAGACCUGCUCUGGUGCUACAGGUGGUGCCGUGCCAGUAUCUUCUCCAGCCCGCCAGUGGGGAAAGCAAUUUGUACAUGCAGCACCUGCGCUCUCUUGCCUUCUCCUGUUACUCCCAGUGCAGACGCCUCCUGCCCCAGCAAACACACAUCAAGUCCCUGACUGGCUUUGGGCCGGUGUCCACUGUCAACUGUGUCUUUAAAAGUCCAGAGCAUCCCAGCCCCCUUCAUCUCUACUCCCCACCGUAUAUACUUGGACCGACCCGGCAAAAGCAGCCAGAACCUGGAGAGAUUUGGGCGGAACUGCCUCCCAAGUACAACGUUCUCUUCGUAGGAUACUGCCUGUCCCAUGACCAGCGCUGGAUCCUGGUGUCCUGCACGGACCAGCAGGGCGAGCUUCUCGAGACCUGCAUCAUCAACAUCGACGUCCCAAACAGAGCACGGCGGCCCAAGGUUUCAGCCAGGAAGGUGGGGCUGCAGAAACUGUGGGAGUGGUGUGUUGGCAUCAUCCAGAUGACCUCACUGCCAUGGAGGAUUGUGAUUGGCCGGUUAGGCAGACUGGGCCAUGGCGAGCUCAAAGACUGGAGCUCACUCCUCGGGGAGCACUCCCUCCACUCGAUAGGACGCCAGCUGAGGGAAGCGUGCCGUAUGUGUGGGAUCUCAGCUGCUGACUCUCCCAGCAUCCUCAGCGCCUGCCUGGUCGCCAUGGAGCCUCAGGGUUCGCUGGUCGUCAUGCCCGAUGCGGUGACUAUGGGCUCGGUGUUUGGUCGCAGCACUGCUUUGAACCUGCAAACGUCGCAGCUGAACACGCCUCAGGACGCUUCCUGUACACACAUCCUAGUCUUCCCAACGUCUGCCACCACCCAGCUGGAGCCCAGCUCCUACCCGACCGAGGACAACAAUGAUGACAUGUUUGAUCUGCCCUUCCCUGAUGAACUGGAGAAUGACAUUGGCCAUGACAUGAUGCUAAUCACAGGGAACCUUCACCCGUCCCCCAACACGUCCCCGGUGCCCUCACCUGGCUCUCCAUCUGGAAUGGGAAUGGGAUCCCAUUUCCAGCACACGAGGGGCCAGGGAGAGCGCUUGCUGUCCAGGGACAAUCCACCAGAGGAGCUGAAGCAGCAGCCGCUGGCUCUGGGCUACUACGUGUCCACUGCACAAGCAAACGGACUUCCUCACUGGUUCUGGGCCUCCUGCCCACAGGCUGAGAACCAAUGUCCACUCUUCCUCAAGGCCUCUCUCCACCACCACAUUUCCAUAGCCCAGUCUGAUGAGCUGGUGUCAGACAAGAGCAAGCGAACCCCUCACCCCUUAGACUCAAAGACCACCUCUGAUGUGCUCAGGUUUGUGUUGGAGCAGUACAACGCCCUUUCCUGGCUGACGUGCACCCCUGCCACCCAGGACCGCCAGUCCUGCCUGCCCGUCCACUUGGCUGUACUGACCCAAAUGUACAACGCCAUCCUGAACAUGCUUUAGGUCUUGGGGGGUGGUGGCUACAGUACCUUCACUUUCUCCGUGCCUACGCUUCCUCCUUCUGGGCACCAGAGAGCAGCAGAGCUCCUCUGUGGUUUUGGUAGACAUGCCAAAUAAAGGACAGGGCACGUAGGACCCCCACAGACCUGGAAUGUAAUAAAUAAGCAAGCGAAGUGCUCUGAACAGCAACUUUGGUAAAGCAGAGCAUGCAAACCCAGAGCAGUUUGUAUGUUUGAUGCUGGUGCUUCGUGAGGGGCAACCAGGAGUACGGUCAAACUAUGCCCACUUUCCUGACAUAUCACAGUGUCAUCGUUCCCCUCAUGGAAACAGCACGAUGUCCCACACAUGCGGCUUCUGAAGCGUCUGUGGAUGACAGGUCAAGGCGAGACCCGUAUGAUCGUCAUCACACCUCCACACAACCAGCAAAGUGACAUGACAACACAAACGUGUGGCUUCGUUACACCAAUGAUGUUUUUACAGUUUUGUAUAGAACUGCGCUGUUGAGCUUCGUGGGACUUGCUGUGGGAAAAUGAAACUUUACUCUGAAAGGGGGUCGUCAUUUCCUCCAAAAGGGGAGCAUUUGUUAAUGGCACUUUUUUCCUCACCUUCCAAAGUGUUGAAGAUAUUAUACACAGGAAGCUUUUGACCAGUUAAGACAGAAGUGUUGUUUAUAAUAUAAGACACUCAUUUGCAAAGAAUUGAGACUUAUUUUUAAUAUUUAAAACAAUAAAAUUACAAAUUAAACAAGGCCUUUUGUCCCCAAUUGACUGUUAAUUGUCUUGGGAUCUGAAAUAAAAAUUGUCAUUUUAAUGCAAUUGUAAAGAUGCCAUAUUUAUACAAAUUAUAUCAUGUCAUAGAAUUUGAUAUAUAUGUAUAUACAUAAAUAUAUAUUACCUCUUCGAAGCAGGCACUUAAUGAUGAUGUGGAUGAACACAACCAUCUCUGUAGAAGUGGACACAGUAUGAACAUUAUUCAAAGCAUUUGAGUUAUUCUUUUUUUAUUUUCUGAUAUUUUAACGUUUUAUUUAAUGAGCUUAAAUUAAAUUAAUUGAUGCAGGAGAUACAGUAUACUGUAUAUUUAUAAAUUGUUUCUCUUCUGUUAAAAAACUUGAAAUAGGCAAUAGAAGACGAUGGUAUUUGAACAUUGCAAGGUUAUUAAAUAUUUAACAAUAAUGCUUUAUUUCUCUGGAUCUCCUGAGUGAUGUCAAGCGACCGUUAGAGAGCCUGCCUCCUCAGCUUCGCUCAGUCUGCUCUUUGUUAGAUUCCUAGCAUGUUUGUAUAUACACUUUCAGCUGUGUCUUUUUAAACAUUUCUUAAAACUGUAUAUUUCAUGCUGGUUGGUUUAUUUUCAAGUGAUUCAUAUCAAAAUUGUUUUGUUUUUUUAGUUAUUAUUUUUUUUUUUUUUGCUGUAACCUUUUUUGAUAUACAAUAUACAGCGCAAAACCCAUUUAAUUCCAGCUGAGAUGUUGUUGCCAAGUAAGUGUACAAAAAAUGUACAGACAAGGGCAAGUUUGCAAAAAUUUGUUACAUCAGUCAUCACUUUGAAUAUCAAACAGGUCCACGAUCUGUUACUUUUACACUCUUUUUUAGUAAAUUAUUAAAACUCUUGAAAAUGA